AUGUAAGAUACCAGCACGGCUUGCUGGCUACCAGCGACGCGGUAACAGCCAGCUUCGCGAAAUCUGCGCAUUUAGCCGACUUGCGUGAACUUGAAUUUUUUUUCUUCUUUUUUUUUUCGCGCCGGUUCUAAAGGUCCAAAUUCCCUUAGAGCUGCAGUUGGAGAAUCCUUCGUGUGGCGCGGUUUGUUUCACCAUGGGUUAUAAACUUUUGCAUCGAAAAUGGAGGUCGACGAGGGGCAUGUAUUAUAUGAUGAUUCCGGAGCUGUUGGGAACCGUAGCAACAUUGGUUGUCACGGCCCUCGCGCAGCCCGACCUAUACCGGACUAAAUUAUGGCGAGCCGGCAGCGAGCUGGGCUUCAACUCGAGUCCUAGCGUUACCCUAUGGGCGUAUGCCAACUAUGAGCCGUUACCGAAAAUACCAUUUGUCUGGUCGCAGACACUGACUGACUUCAACGUCGCCAUAUCUGUUCUCAGCCUAUUCCUCCUCCUCAGCAAGCUCAUUGCAUUUAUUAUGCAUGUCUGGUACCCGAUUCUUGCACUGGUCGUCAAUAUAGGACUUUUAGCACUCUAUGCGACAAGCAUAGGCGGGCAAGCCGGACCCGACUACCUUGACCAAGAUCACCGAAGCUCGGUGGCCUGGUAUAUCGCCAAGCCUUGUACCGUGGCAGCGAAUCAGACCGUACAAGGUUACUGCAAAUUGGCGAAGGGCACUUUUGCCGUAGCAUGCAUUAUGCUCGGCAUCUACGCUAUUAACUUGGGUAUGAAUAUCUGGGCUAUGCUACCAAACCCGAAGAACGACUUAAACGACGAGGAGGACGAGGAGACAUCUUCACCCGCUGCGCUGAAACGAGAAGGUAACUGGGAAAUGCACGGUAUUCCGCCAACACCGAGGACGGGUACGCUCCCAUACACACCGCGGACGAUGGCUUUUAAUACGCUCGAACGCAAACUUCCGCUGCGAAGUCAGUACGAGUAAAGGGUCGUGGUCGUGGUCGUGGUCGGACCCUCGGGGAUAGGGCAUUCAGAAGACACGGCAUAGAUUCAACCGUGCACCGAAUAAGUGGUGGACUUCUCAUCUCGCUCCGGUAGCGGAUGUUAUUAGAAGAUAACCCAUAAGACUUCCGUCAAAACCUAAUGCAAAAUGCGGGGAGACGUAUUCGAGACUCAUCCUAUAAGAGGUACCUACUUAAUUUGAAGGUAUAG